AUGCUUUCCAGAACCGUGGCCUUCAAGAAAGGUCUGCAACAAGUCGCGAGUCAAAAGAGAUGUCUGUCGAUCCACGAGUUUAGAUCUGCAGAACUGCUAAGAAAGUACAAAAUUGGCACUCCAGCUGGUGAUGCUGCGUUCGAACCCAAGGAAGCAUUCGACGUGGCAAAGAAAUUGGGAAACAGCUCGCUGGUCGUCAAAGCACAAGCUCUAACGGGUGGCCGUGGUAAGGGCCACUUCGACACUGGGCUAAAGAGCGGUAUUCACAUGGUAGAGAGUCCCGAGCAAGCACAGAGCAUUGCUGAGCAAAUGCUGAAAAAUCGCUUGAUCACCAAGCAAUCGGGCGCUAAAGGUAAGCCAGUGAGUGCGGUAUAUGUGGUGGAACGUGUCGACGCCAAGCACGAGGCAUACCUGUCGAUUUUGCUCGACAGAGGCUCCAAAAAGGCUAUGAUCAUUUGCUCGAGCCAGGGUGGUAUGAACAUCGAAGAAGUGGCCGAGAAAACCCCCGACGCCAUCAAAAAAUUCACCGUGGACGCCUCGGAGGGAUUGACCGCUGAAACCGCCGCUCAAAUCUCCAAGAGUCUAGGAUUCUCUGCCGAGGCCGAAGCAGACGCCGCUGACGCCGUGACCAAGUUGUUCAAGAUCUUCCAAGACAAGGACGCCUCGCAAAUCGAGAUCAACCCAUUGAGUGAAGUCGUGGGCCAAGACACCAAAGUGAUGUGCAUGGACGCCAAGUUUGGUUUCGACGACAAUGCUUCGUUCAGACAAGAGGAGAUUUUCUCGUGGAGAGACUUGUCUCAAGAAGAUCCAGACGAAGUGGUGGCCAAGAAAUCGGACUUGAACUUUGUCAAAUUGCAAGGUAACAUUGGGUGCUUGGUGAACGGUGCUGGUUUGGCUAUGGCCACCAUGGACGUGAUCAAGCUGUAUGGCGGUGAUCCUGCCAACUUUUUGGAUUGCGGUGGUGGUGCCACUCCAGAGACUAUUGAGACCGCGUUCAAGUUGAUUUUGUCUAACAAGAAUGUGGAUGCGAUUUUCGUCAACAUUUUCGGUGGUAUUGUCAGAUGCGACUACGUUGCACAAGGUCUUGUUGCUGCGACCAAGAACUUGGCUGUGCGCGUGCCAAUUGUGGCUCGUUUGCAAGGUACCAACUUGGAAGAAGGUCGUCGUAUCAUCGAGGAGUCCGGUUUGAAGAUCUACUCGUUCGACGAGCUAGAUCCUGCCGCGGAGAAGGUGGUCCAGCUAACACAGCAGUAG